CCCCCCCCAGCGCCCCUCCACAGUCUCGAUCAUACUUAAUAACAACCGGUUCCGAGCGUUAGCCCUCAACGCGCCCUUCCCUCACUACCACAUCUCUCUCCCCCUCGUCUCUCCCCCUCCCCCACCCACUCGCAAUGACAAUGUACCCCUCCGGCUCCACCCAGCAACCGGCUGCAAUCUGCGCCUUGAAAUCUCCAGCCGAUGCCAUUCAUAUCCUGGAAGCAGUGCGCUUGGGAUUAGUACCACGCGUCACGCGUCGUCUCACCGGCCAUGAGCGUGCAAUGAUCCGUCCUGGCACCGUUUGGGUCUGGGAGGAAGAGGAGACCAAUAUGCGUCGCUGGACAGACGGUCGCCGUUGGGGCGCAUCGCGUGUUGGAGGUGGUGGCUUCCUGGUAUACACCGAGUCAUCAGAUUCUCUAUCACCGCCUCCUUCGCGCCCCGACUCGCCCACUUACAAUCAAUACUAUCCCAACGGCCGCGAAUCCUCCAAUGGAACCCCCCCUCGCCGCCCAGAACCACUCGUCAAGCAGACUUACUCGACCAGCAUGACCCACCCCGUCACUGGCAAGGUCAAAAAGUUCCACGUUGUCGCCUACUCGUCUAAGCGCAACCCCCAGGGCGACGGAGCAAACCCCCUCCCCCUCCCUCACCAGCUUCCUAAUCUCGCCAACAUCAAGAUCACUCCCGGCAUCUGGCCAGACUGGGAGACCCGUCGCGAUGACUACAACUCGCGCCGUACCACUUCGGCCAGGCAUCCAUCCCCUACUCACCCUCCUCCCUCCCCCGCUCACCCCCAUGCACCGCCCCACCACUUCCCCGCCGGGCCCGGUACACCCGUCACCGCAACCGCUGUGCCGUACCCUCCCACACCCGACUUGUACCGUCCUCCUUCGCCCCCGGGGUCUUACCCUCCACUGCCCCCAGGUCCGGAUGGCCGCCUUCCCGAGCCUCCGGUUGUUCCGCACGAUCGCAGAUAUCCUCCGCACCCACCGUACGACAUGUACGACCGCCCACCAUACCCGUACGACAUGUACCCUCCUCACCCGGACCGCUACUAUGACCGGUACCACCCCUACUAUCACCCUCGUGAUUACCCUCCGGCACACCUUCCUCCUCCCGAUUAUCGUUACGACGACCGGUAUUAUGACCGCGAGCGCGGCAGAGGUCCUCCCCUUCCUCCUCCUCCUCCUCCCCCGCCUCCUGGAGGAGACGACCGAAGGCCCCCCGUCGAUGAGCGCGACCCUAGAGCCGAGCCUCGUGAGCCUCGUGAGCCUCGUGAGCCCCGCGAAGGCGGUGAUGGUGCAGCCGAGCCUCGCGAGCCUCGUGAGCCUCGUGAGCCGCCUCGCGAUCCCCGUGAUCUCCGCGAUGCCCCUCGCGACCCGCGUGAGCUUCCUCCUCGCGAUCCUCGCGACCUCCUUCCGCGCGACCCGCGUGAUCUUCCUCGUGGUGACCCUCGCGACGGCCCCCCUCGUCCGGAUGAUCGCGACUAUGCCGCCCGUUACUACCCACCCCCGCCGCCUCACGGGUACUACCGCGACCCCCGCUUUAUGCCUCACCCUCGCGACUAUCCUCCGAUGAGAGACCCUCGUGGGCCUCCCAUCUCCCCCGACCGUGACCCCCGCGACAUGCGCGACCCUCGUGAUUAUCGCGACCCCCGGUUCGCUUACCCUCCUCCUCUUCCUCCUCCUCACGAGGUUUAUCCCCCCUACCCUCCGCGCCCCGUCUCGUCCCACCUCGGCAAGCGCACUCCCGAGUCACGCCCCGGCGAAGAGCUCCCGGCUGAGAAGCGUCCCGCCCCUAGCAGGGCAGGCGAUGAGACCGCGCCGCCCGAUGCCUCGGAGGCCGACCGUCCUGGCACCCGCGGCGGUGAACCCAGAGUACCUGUCUCGCCAGACAGCACGGCAACUCCUCGCGGUCGCUCGCGUUCUCCAGCCAGGACUUACACCACCAAGCCGGUGGCCAAUGGUACCAACGGCUCGACCACCAAUGGAUCUUGCCAGGAAGAUGAGGAGGCUGCUCAUUCUCCGCGCGCAGCAGCAGCAGCAGCAGCAGCGCCCGAAGCCCGCGAGGGCAAGUGGGGACGUGUCCCCGCCUAACGAGACAGUCUACACAAAAAACCUGACUGCAAUCAUUCAUACAUAUUCGUUUCGAGUUUCGAGGUUUCUCACACACACUGUAGCCCCCCGUAGCGCCUAGCAGUCCAUUUCUAUUUCAUACAAAUACAAAUGCACUGAGAUGGACGC